UAAAAAAAAUAAAAAAUAAAAUAAAAACAAACAAAUGAAGAUCAGAUGAGGAAUGGACGUUAGAGAUAAAUUGCAAGAAAAAAACACAGAGAGAAAGAUAAAGAGAUAGGAUUUAAAUUAUAUGCCCAUUUUCCUUCUCAUGGCUGAUAUUACAAAACUUCUAAACUCCUCCUUCCUUCUCAAAUCCUCUCUGUCUUUCUUGGAAUUAGCGAUGUUCUUUAAUUUGGGCUCUUGUUUUUCUUUGGUUUCUCGUCUAUAGUUGUUGCUGGGAAGACAUUUUUUUUUGUUCUUGAAAGAACGAGAGAUAUAGAAGGAUCGAAAUGGCUGUGUCCAUGGCUUUUGCCAAUCUUGCAUUUCAGUUUAAUAAUGUCAAAGUUGGUGAAAAUCCCUUGUGUUUUGGCUUGGCUCCUACACAACUUCCUUAUUUAUGCAAGGAAAGAAGAAGAUUGCCAUCUUCCAGGACAAUAAUCAUUCCAGGAGCUUCAUCGGCUCCAACCAUUGAGGAUGGAAGUCAAAAUGACACUGAUGCAAUUCCAACUCCCAAAGUUAUAAUUGACCAAGACGCCGAUCCAGAUGCAACCGUGGUGGAGGUAACCUUCGGAGAUCGCCUUGGUGCUCUUCUGGAUACGAUGAACGCGCUUAAAAACCUAGGGCUGAAUGUUGUUAAGGCUAAUGUCUUUUUGGAUUCUUCUGGGAAGCACAACACAUUUUCCAUCACUAAAGCUAGUACUGGUCGAAAAGUUGAUGACCCAGAACUGCUUGAGGCCAUUCGUUUGACAAUCAUAAACAAUUUGCUUCAGUAUCACCCGGAAUCAAGUUCUCAGUUAGCAAUGGGGAUUGCCUUUGGAGUAGAGCCACCGAAACAGGUUGAUGUGGAUAUAGCAACGCGUGUAAAAGUCAAAGAAGAUAGUCCUGACCGAAGCUUGCUUUUUGUGGAGGCAGCUGAUCGCCCAGGAUUGUUGGUGGAUCUUGUAAAGGCUAUCACUGACAUUAAUAUUGCUGUUGAAUCAGGAGAAUUUGACACUGAGGGGUUGUUGGCCAAGGCAAAAUUUCAUGUCAGCUACAAGGGUAAAGCCAUCAGCAAGCCUCUUCAACUGGUUCUUGCUAACAGUUUGCGAUAUUUCUUGAGGCGACCAUCGACCGAGGAGGCAAGUUUUUGAGCCAUGCUAGAAAAUGACCAGAUUCAUGAUCAUAUACUCGACGAAGAUUAUAAUUUAAUCUCCACAGGGGAAAUGUAGAAAACAGUUGUCACAUUAAUCUGCAUAUAGCUAUCACACUGGUCGCACUUAAACUAUGGACAUUGAAUCAGUAGUCUUACCACAGUGUCACUGUCUCUUUAAGGAAAAAAAUAUAUGUAUGGGAUGUAUGGGAAUUUUGUUGCGAA